UUCUCGCGGGACGAGGGCGGGGCGGCUCCCCGGUGCCCGCACGCGUUUCCGGAGGGAGCACGCCCGGCGGCUGGCAGAGUGGGGCUGCGAGCUGGCAGGAGCGCCAUGGGGAAGGCCAGGCCGGCGGCGGCGCGCAGGAAAGGCCCCGGGGCCCCGGCGGGGGCACAGGGCGGCCGCGCGAGGCCCAUCCCCAACCCGUUCGAAGUGAAGGUGAACCGGCAGAAGUUCCCGGUGCUGGGCAGGAAGGCGCGCCAUGCCGUGGGACAGCCCGGGGUGUCGCGCGCGCGGGCCAUCCAGAAGCGCACCCAGACGUUACUGAAGGAAUACAAAGAAAGAGAUAAGUCCAACGUAUUCACAGAUAAGCGCUUUGGGGAGUACAGUAGCAACAUGAGCUCGGAGGAGAAGAUGAUGAAGAGGUUUGCCCUGGAACAGCAGCGGCAACAUGAGAAAAAAAGCAUCUACAACCUAAAUGAAGAUGAAGAAUUAACUCAUUACGGCCAGUCUUUGGCAGACGUCGAAAAGCAUAAUGACAUUGUCAACAGUGACAGCGACACUGAGGAGCGCGGAACGCUGUCUGCCGAGCUGACCGCUGCCCAUUUCGGAGGCGGUGGUGGCCUCCUUCAUAAGAAGACCCCACUGCAGCAAGGGGAAGAGGAGGAGAAGCCGAGGUCACGCAAAGAACUCAUCGAAGAGCUCAUCGCAAAGUCCAAGCGAGAGAAGAGGGAGAGACAGGCACAACGGGAAGGUGCCCUGGAGCUCACAGAGAAGCUGGAUCAAGACUGGAAAGAAAUCCAGACUCUCCUGACACACAGAACUCCCCAGUCCGAGAACAGGGAUAAGAAGGAGCACCCCAAGCCUGACGCGUAUGACAUGAUGGUUCGUGAGCUGGGCCUUGAAAGGAAGGCCCAGCCCUCUAACAGGAUGAAGACGGAGGAGGAGCUGGCAAAGGAGGAACAGGAUCGGCUCCAGAAGCUGGAGGCUGCGAGACUGCGGAGAAUGCGUGGCGAGGACGAGGCCGGUGAUGCUAGAAAACCAAAGCACCUGUCCGCGGACGACCUAAAUGACGGCUUCGUUCUGGACAAAGACAACAGGCGCUUGCUUUCCUACACAGAUGGAAAGAUGAGCAUCAAGGAAGAGCAAAGCAGGGAAGCUAGUGACGGCAAGAGCAAAGAGGAACAGGGUGAAGACCCGAGCGAGGAGGACCCAGAGGACAGCAGUGACCCCGAGGGACACUUAGACCUGGAAUCGGAUGCAGAGAGCGAGGAGGACUGUGGGUGGCCAGACAGAGAGCCCCGGCAAGCCCCGGGAAAAAGAAUGACAAGCGAUGGUCACAAAGCUCGAGAACCUGCCAGAACCGAGCUGCCCUAUACAUUUGCAGCUCCUGAAUCCUACGAGGAACUGAAAUCCUUAUUAUCAGGAAAAACGAUGGAGGAACAGCUUGUGGUGGUGGAGAGAAUUCAAACAUGCAACCAUCCGAGUCUCGCCGUGGGAAACAAAGCAAAACUGGAAAAACUGUUCGGCUUCCUUUUGGAGUACAUUGGAGAUUUGGCUACAGAUGAUCCACCAGACCUCAGAGUAAUUGAUAAAUUGGUUGUGCAGUUAUAUAAUCUUUGCCAGAUGUUUCCUGAGUCUGCAAGCAACUCCGUAACAUCUGUCCUGCGAGACGCCAUGCACGAGAUGGAAGGGGCCAUUGAGGCCAGAGGCCGGGCGGCGUUUCCGGGCCUGGACGUGGUGAGUGGGGACUUGGUCUCAGGCACGGGGGCCGGUGCUGUCGGCCGGCCAGGAGGGCUGGCUGAGUGGAAUGUGCGUGGUUUGGCGGGUUCGCCAUGUCCUCGAGCUUCCAGACUGAGCUGGAGAACAGACCGGAACAAGGUGGGAAGGACUGUUUACGCGCGAACACGUCACUGCGGUGUGUUUCACUGGUUUGAUUCCAUGCGAAUGAGGCUGUCUGUGGUCUUCGUGGCGAAGAGGCUUUGGGCCAACAGAAUGAGUGUGUGUUGGGAAGGACUGAGCCCGAGCCCUGGCCCUGCUGUGGCCCCACUGAGACAGCCGAGCCCCUCUGAGGGCUCUAACAGCUCGUGGCGGCUGCGGGCCACCUCGUCAGCAUCCAUGACCUCGAAGAAGUACUUGCUCCGUCUGUUCCCCGCUCUGGGAUUUCUGUAGAAAUGAAAAACCGUGAUUAACAAAAACUCAAAAACACAGGGUCUGUGUUCCUGGUUUUAGUGGACCCCCCCAAAGCGGGAUCUGAGUCGGUGUCCGUGAGCCUCAGCCCCCGGCAGACACUCCCUGUGUCACCGGAGUGGCCUGUUCCCGCAGACUCCGUGCGACAGGCCCCGUCCAGUUCCUCCGAUGAGCUGUGCGGCCAUCUCCUUGUCUGUGAGCAGGGGUGGGGGGGUGCAGUUAAGCCUCCCGUGGGGUUCGUGACCGUGGCACGGCUGGACGCAGUGGUCAGUUCGCGGGCUGUCACCAUCACAAGCGCUCCCUCAGUGGACACGCGUGGUCCAUUGCUGGCGAAGCGAGGCCGAGCGGGCUGGGUGCGGGAAGCCGCGGGUCCUCUCCCUUCCCCUCUGCCUCCCUGAGCCUGCGUCCCCUGGAGUCCCAGGUCAGGGCGGCGUGGGGGGCUCUGCGGAAGGAGGAAGUGGGGGCUCCGGGGUGUGCCUGACGUGUUCAGGGGGUUUGGGAGGAUUUCUUGGUGCCUUUGGACCAGAUGGAGGGUGUGCAGACCCUGCCGAGCCAGGGUGCAGGGAUGCUCUUCUGCUUCAGCGCGAAGCAGCCUCCCUGGUGCCUCCCGGGUGGGGAGCCCGUGGGCGCGUCUGGCCGGGGGUCCCCGGAGAGUGUCAUCCUCUGAGCCAGCACUCCUGCCGCCACCCAUGUAGCCUCGCAUGUCGUUGUCGGGUGCGCAGGCCAGAGCCACGGCUCACGCUGGCUUCUUGGGGCC